AUGUCGGAUUACUGUGGGGAGGAAACUUCGGCGCUGGCUCUUGCCAUGUGGAUUGCGCUGUUGGAAGUACUGGUGCUUCUUGCGUUGGCAAGAUGGGGUUUUCCGCAUCAAGCCGUGAUCAGCGAGGCAGCGGCUUCAACAUCAGAACAAGAAGCAAAGUCCACCAGGGGUUCUUCCCGUGAACAACGGAGGCACCAUGGCGGCAAGAAGCGGAACGCAGGGACAGAACAGCGUUCUCGGUCGGAACCCUUCCCAAAGGAAAGCAAUCUGACGUCCGACAUGUUGCGCGAGUCUUCCGGGAGUAACGACGACAUUUUCGUCGGGUCCUCCUCUGCGUCAGGCGGCGCCGCGGCGGACUUCCGAGCGAUGAAGCAGCGCAUGCAGCAGAAACGGGAGGAGAUGUUCACCCACUUCCAGCGCUUCAAGCAGGAGAUGUCCGAGGGUUCCACGCUGCUCGAGGACGAAAUACUCGGGUAUGACGAAGACGAUUACAUUCUGAGACAGCGGGGCAGCCGGCCGCGCGCGUUGAGUGAAGGUGUAGGAUUGUACUCUCCUCCAGGUGUAUACUCCCCUACAGGUUUAUACUCCCCAACAGGAUUGUACUCCCCUACAAGAAGGAGGAGUGUGGAUAGCAGCAACAGUGACAGCGAUAUUGAGGAUUUCACGAGGAGGAUGUUGGUACCUCAUGGUACGAGAACAAGCGAAAGCGAGGAUGUUAUUAAAGAUGAAGGGACAAGGUUUUCAUUCUCUCAGGAUGUCCAUCAUCACAGGAACUUGGAAGGUACCACUGCUGAUCGGUUUGUUACGGGAGGGACAGGGAGGCUGCCACCCCCGCCAAACGGAAUGGAGCUGCCCCCGCCCCCACCCUCCCCACAGUGGGGUCAGGGGUCAAGGUUGGACAGGCCUGUGCAGACCUUGGAAGUGAACUUUGACCUCUUACACUCUGGUGCUGUGUAUCUGCCAGGUUGCAUGUCGAAGUGUGGGCGCACAGUUCUGGUGGUGCAGGCGGCAAACGCAGUCCUGGAACACACGGAGUACAGCGCCGCGGAACUCGCACGGCUGCUUAUGUACUUCCACGGAAUUCCCAGGUAUGACACGAGACAGAAGGGUCUGAUAGUUGUGAUGGACUGCAGGGAGGCGGUGCCACACACACUGGACAUGGUGGGAGGGGCCAUCUGUGUGUUACAGGAGAACAUCCCCUGUGCAGUGUACCAGGUGUUGGUGCUGCUACCAGAAAACUCUCCGCUUGUGGACACCUGUUACACAUCCUUCUCCUCAGGAGAGGUGAUAGUGGAGGUUGAGACGAUAACAGACAUGUCAGAGCUGCAGCAGCUGUUUGUUGAAGAUGAGGUACCGGAGGAGUUCGGGGGAACGUAUCAGUACAGCCACGAGGACUGGAUCAGGUUCAGAAUGAAGCUCGAGCCAUUCCUACUGGGCAGCCGUAGCACCGGAAAGUUCCUGACUGCCGUCUGGGAGGAGCUUCUUGCUGUCGACAUGGCAACAACAUCAUCAGGAGAUGGUCCACAGGAGGAGGAGGAAGAUGCAGUUGCCAGGGAGGAGUGUGAUGAUGAGGAAGUGAGGCUGAGGGAGGUUCUAGAGGACCCGAGAGUGAAGGCACUACAGAUGGAAGGAGAGGGGGUACUGGAGAAGCUGAGGACAGAACACUCUGCCCUGGCACCCUCACAGGACUACAGGGACUCCCUGGACUAUGUGACGUACCUGUAUAACUACUGUUCUGACAUGGUGUCCAAACUGACGGCCUCGCCGGAGCAGAGGAGAGUCCAGAUGGAGCAGGGCAGGAAGCUCAAGGCUUUCGAGGACAGGUGUAUACAGGUGUUGUCCUGGGUGCAGAACGAGGGUGAGGUGAGGUUAGAACGUCUCUCGGAGCCGGGCGACUCCCUAGACGCCAUCAAGAACACCACCAAGGAGUUCGAGAGAUUCUACUAUCAAGCAAUGCAACAAUGUGCAAAAGGGAAUGACCUGCUAGAGGAGGCGAGCAGCCUGGCCCAGACGGGGGAGUUCAACACGACGGGGAUCCGGGAGCGUGCCAAGUCGCUUCAGGAGCAGCUUCUCGGCUUCUCAAGAAAGCUGGAGCAGAAGAGGGACGUCUUGGAGAAGACGAUGAAGCUGUAUUACUUCUUCGAUAAGGCGUACGAGUGGGCCCUGGAGGGUAUGAAGUUUGUAGCCCUGAUGAACAUGGAGGAGUGCCACUCACUUCGGGGCUGCGACAGCCUCAUGCACGACCUGGACACUUACCUACGCGACCACCCACCCAUCCCACAGGACAAGUUUGACCGCAUGGCCGCCCUCGCCAACAAGCUAGACAACCAGAAGUGCAUGGAGCAGUGCAAGUUCGCCAGGACUAAGUGCCGGGAGACGGAACAGUUGGUCGAACGGAAGCAGGCAGCGCUACGGAAAGCCAAGCAGAACUUAGAAGGCAGCAAGAGCGAAAAGCCGCGCAGGAGAACUGUCGCAAGCGGAGAAGAGACGAGGCUUGUGGUAACGAGAACUGUAGACGCACAGCCAAAGGAGGAUAAUAUAGAGGAAGAGAGUACUAGCAGUAGUAGCAGUAACACGCAGCGCGUAGCAAAGAAAUCAGAAACGAGGGACAGCAUAAAGAGAGUUGUGGCAAAGAUGAACAGCGCAGGGAGCACGGACAGCAGAGACACGAGCAGCAGCGAGAGAACUGACGAAGGUUUCGUGGAGGGAGAGAGUUUGGACACUUCAGUGAUUUCCGGCAGCUGCCCGGUUUCCCCCAUUUCUAAUGUUGUUGCAAGCCCGGAUAACCAUUCGGUAAAAAGCGAACCCACGCCGUCUGCCACCACGAGUACACCAGUGGGCGGCGCACGGCCGAAGGAACAUCCCGUAAAGCGUCUCAUGAAGAGACAUAGCACCGCGUUCGAGCUCUCCAGAUUCAAGAUUCCCGGGCUGGACUACGGACGGAAGGGGAGGUCGCCCACCACCCCCAUCACCAAGGACGACCUUGCCGUCUCAAGGUCGCAGGACACGUUGUUGCAGGGAGAGGACAGUCAGGAGACCCUGGUGUCCUUUAACUCCGGGGAGGAGAGCCUGUUGCUUCCGCAGACAAACACUCACCUGAAGAAGUCUUCCAGUGUGCCGAGAUUGGAGGGAGAUGGGGACCAGGUGGUGCCGGAGGUCAAGAAGACGAGCAAGUUGGACCUGAUCAUGGAUGAGUUCCUACAGACAGAGAGAGACUACGUGGCUUCACUACAGUACAUCAUCGAGCACUACAUUCCUGAGAUGGACCGUGAUGACAUCCCGCAGGAGCUGCGGGGCAAGCGGGGCGUCAUCUUCGGCAACCUGGAGAAAAUCUACGACUUCCACUCCAUCUACUUCCUCGCCGAGCUAGAGUCCAUCAAGGAGAACCCCCUGAAGCUGGCGCGGUGUCUGAUGAAGCAUGAGAAGGAGUUUUACCUGUACGCCCUGUACAGCAAGAACAAGCCCAAGUCUGACGCACUCAUGGCCGAACAUGGGAGCGCUUUCUUCAGGAAGAAGCAGCGAGAGACGGGAGACAAGAUGGACCUGGCCAGCUACCUGCUGAAGCCGGUCCAGAGGAUGGGGAAGUACGCUCUUCUGCUGAAGGAACUCCUGGCAGAGUGUCCACAGGUGCAGGCAGAGGAGCAGGAACUGGCAGACCUCAGGGCUGCUGAGGAUCUGGUGAAGUUCCAGUUGAGACAUGGGAACAACCUGCUGGCGAUGGACUCACUACGGGACUGUGACGUCAACAUCAACGAACAGGGCAAGCUGCUUAGACAGGAUGAGUUUCUGGUCUGGCAGGGGAGGAAAAAGUUCUUCCGUCACGUGUUCUUGUUCGAGGACCUGAUUCUGUUCAGCAAGACCAAGAGAACCAGCGGUGGUCACGACGUCUAUCUGUACAAGAACAGCUUCAAGACUACGGAGAUUGGGUUGACCAAUCCGUUCAACCGUGUUUUACAGAGCACAGAGGUCGGUCUCACGGAGACGAUCGGUGAGAGCGGGUUCAAGUUUGAGAUCUGGUUCCGUCGAAGGAAGCCUGGCGAGACGUACGUGCUUCAGGCGCCGAACCAGAGCGUCAAGGACGCCUGGGUGGACGAGAUCACCAAGCUGCUGUGGAAACAGGCGUGCAGAAGUAAAGAGCUGAAGCAGAUCGAGCUGGCCUCCAUGGGAAUCGGCAGCAAGCCUCAUCUGGACAUCAAACCCAGUGGCAACCAGAUCAGUGCGCGGUCCAUCGACUAUGUCAUGCGGGGUCGAGGAGCGAGAACGAGGAACUCGAUCGCUGUGCCGUCGUUCGAGCACUCGCCGUCGCUGAAGCGGCCGCACUCGCUCAUCUCCACGUCCUCCAGCUCCUCCAGCAGCACGCAGACCUCCUCCAUCCUGGGCGGCCUCGCGCUCGCCAACUUCGACAUCCCGUCAUCGCUCAUGGAGGCAGACGAGGAGGAGAUCAACAUCAGGACCUCUCUCAGGCCCAACAGCACGGGAAGCUCCUCCACAGACGGCAGCAUGAGCGUGUAUAACUCUGACGGCCGGACACCAAGCCGGUCCUCCGUUGAAACCUCCAGUGACUCUGUUCCUUCCACCAACGCCAUGUCUCCUUCAUCGUCCUCGCUGAUGCCUCCAGCUCCGACAGACGCUCCGUUCGUGACAUCGCCCCCCUCCCCACGCACACAGAAGAAAACUGGCAGCCAUUUUGUCACAGCUGCCAAAACCUUCUUUGGGAUUCAAAGAAAGUAACGGUUUGGUGUCCGCCAUUUUACUCGGGGUAUGACUAUAGGAGUGACGUAGUAAGCUGUCGUGUGAAACAGAUGCUUCUCCGUAGCGCUAACCAACCGGCAAAUGGCGUAGACGUCUAACACUGGAGUGGUCCUGCCUCGUUCGUUUGUUGUCGCUUCAGCAGCGCUUGUAGUCACGGCAACAACCGUAACCGUAGUAACCCUCCUCCGUACCUGCUCCAUCCUCCAGAUGCGAGACGGGGCCUCCGGAAUUCGGAACUGCGACGACCGAUUCCUUGGGAAUCCCUCAUGAUUCGUUGUUGGGCGUUGAAGACUUACUUGAGGAGCGGGGAAGGAAACUUACACAAGUGUGGCGGCUUGAAGUGUGUUGGACUUGCCUGGAGCAAGACGUGUGUGUGUUUCUUUAUGGAAGUUCUGGACUCUGUGGAACAGAGAGAGCUUCGCAGCUGCAUUCAGCGAUAUGCACAGACUUUGCGUUGUAACAAAACGGCAUUUCAAACAAACAAACAAACAACGACAUCAACAAAUAAGCCACAGAAGGAAAAGUCGACGCAACUUAUUCCUAACCCUACUGUUCAUUAACAAGGUUACCCAGCCAAACAACGAGCUAGCCAUGUACUAAAGAGUGUUCACAGCAAUAACAGACAAAAACUGUCCCUGGAUCGGAUCGCCAUGGAAACUGAUCUCCAUGGUAAUGACAUUGCCAUGGUAACGACACCGCUGUACAUAUGUGAAUAGUCCUGACAAUCAGGUCGUACAUGUAGUUACGCCCGGGUCGCCAAACGUGUAGAUAUUAUGUAAAUCAACCUUUAUUUAAUUAUUCUAUUUUAUCAUUUUUGUAUUCUGUGACUGUGAGCCAUGCAUAAGACUCAUGUUACACAGGGGAGGAUUUGGGCCUUGUGACCUGCAUGCUUUGUUGGUACACUAGUAUUGUAAUUAAGGAGAAAGUAAAUGUGCCUUAAAGUAAGGACGAGUCAGCAUUGGAAUUACUUCGCCGUAUCUUGUGUAGAGUGCUAGCAGUGAAAGAGUUUUCGAUGCAUUGUACUAAAUUGCUGAUCAUGUCUCAUCAUGUUUUUUGAGGAUUCAAUUUUUCUGCUUGUUUCUCGAUUCCCACAUCUUGCCAUCGGUAGCCAGAAGGCUCUAACAUGACAUGUGUGCUCUCCUAGCGCUCUGCUUUCCAGGCUAACUUUGAGAAGUACAUGUAUGAGUACGUAGUGUGAGUUACAUGCUGGUAGUCAGAUUCAGACCAUAGCCUUUUUGUAAGGAGCAAACUUACUACUUAGCAGAGGAGGGACUGUUGCAAUGUUCCCGUAGAAGGGUGGCCUCAGACAGGCCACUAGCAGAGAUUCUUGUACAGCGAGGGGAAAUAUCUAUAUAUUUAAUGUUAUGUACAGGAAAAGUGUGUAUUAUAAAGUUCACUAACAGCUGUAUGUCGGAACAGGCAGCCUAGAACAGUUUUGUAAAACCCUUUGUCAAACUUUAUGCGAUGGUGGACACAAGUUUUUGAGAUCUGCACUGCUUUUGUCAACAUUUACAAUGGUUUUGCUCAGUUUGGAAUUGAAACAAUCACAUGGUUGUAAGAAAGGUUUCACCCCUUUAAAAAUUUGCUUCUGUGUGGCACACUUUUCAAGCAUGAAGGCAGUGCAGGUCUCAGAAUGGAUGUUCAUGUUUGCCCAAGAUUUCAAUGUACCAUCAGCUUGUCUCGAAGAACUGUGAAGAUUUGACAAAGACAUUAGUAGAUGCCCAAUGAGGUACAUCAUUGCUGUUAGCAUGUCUGAAUUCAUAACAAACAUGCUGAGAUUCUGUCAGUCUGUGUUCGCACUGGUCACUCUAAGUAGGAAAGCCAUUGCAAGACAACUAAGUACAGUCAAUUCACAUCAUCAUUGAAUAAACUUUCAAUCUUUCAUAUUAUCAUAUGCUGAUGUCUCUGUAAGUCUCAACUUCAAGAUUAUGUUACUGAAUCUCGAAUGUCUGUCCUAACGUAGAGUGACCAGUGUUGGCAGGAUUUUUUGCCGUCAUCUUUGUACUUUAGGAGGUCAAUGCAGACCAUACAAACCACCUCUGGUAGAGACACACCUGGCCUUGGUUUCAUCUCCAAGCAGAUAAAAGAAUCAGUCAGUGUUUAACACAUGUUUUUGCAACAUGUAGUACAUUGUGUAUGUCUAUCUAGGGUGGAAUAGUAAAUGGAGACCUGGAUACAUAGAAAAGACCAGAAAACAAUCUUGACUGACAUAUCUGCUUGGAGAUUAGCCUCUGUGUCAAGUGCAGUCUUACAAUAAACCAGAGUAGACGUUUUCUGUAGAGUAGGAACCAUCCGCACACAACGUCUGCACAAUCAUGGUUCACGGAAUUCUCGCACAAAGAGUAAGGUUUCUCAAUCAGUCGAAAUCUAACUUUAAGAGUGCCACUGAAAAUCUCGUCACCCAGAAUUAAUGUAUCACCGUGAAUGUAUGGUCAUUUCUGUUCUCAAUGAUUCUAUGCUACCUACUUAGUCAAAACAGAAAGAUCAGUAGCAGUAAUGUAAUCCUAUGUCUUCUGGCAACCUUUUUCACAUCCUGUGCUAAGGCUUAUUUGUCCAGUUUUUCAUGUACAAAGUAGUUGACUAAUGAAGUACAACGUGAUUUAGCUCUGUUAUGGAAAAAACGUCGCUAAUGUUUGUAAUCAUGUUCACGCCAUCUGUAAUUAAUUAAAGUCGAAGCAGUUUAUUCUUUGCAAAUAAACGAGCACCCAGUGCUCUGUAAGGUA